AAAAUCUACCCAGACUAUGUUGUUUUAAUCAGGUCUGCGCUAGGUCAGACUUGGUUACGACGUUCCCCAGAAACCGUACUGCCUCCACACGAUAUGCCUACUAACAGCCGGAUAAUUCAACACUCCUUCAUCCGUAACCUCACAUAUUCACAUCAACAAAUUAUCACAACAUGCUUCAAUAUCCAUAUUCAGUCCACUCAAAUCAAUCUCCUAUCCAAUUUGCAGGAGUUAUGAUCGCUGCUUACGGUUAAUUGUUACUAUUUUCGGGUUUCUGUUUGAGUUUGACUGGAAGUCAACGUUUAGAGGGUGUUAAACUGUUAAUUAAGUGAGAAGAUGGGUGGAAAUAAUUCUAGAUCCACUGAGGAUAUUGAAGGAAAUAAAUUAUCAAUAUUAUCAAUUGAAGUUGCAAACACAAUCGUUAAGGGUGCCAUUUUGAUGCAAUCUCUUUCAAAGGAUAACAUAAAACACUUAAAAGAGGUAGUGUUGCCUUCAGAAGGUGUGCAACUUCUAAUAUCAGAAGACAUGGAUGAGCUCCUCAGAAUUGCUGCAUUUGAUAAAAGGGAAGAAUUUAAAAUCUUUUCUGGAGAAGUGGUUCGAUUUGGAAAUCGAUGCAAAGAUCCUCAAUGGCACAACCUGGACCGUUAUUUUGAGAGUAAUUUUGUGGACAUUAAUUGGAGAGACCGGUUAAACUCGAUAAGACGCGAGUUGCCAGCCUUACUAAUUCCCCAGAAACAACUAAAAGAAGAAGCAGAAACCACCAUGGGGCAUUUGAAGAAUUUGGUUCAGUAUACUGCAGAAUUAUGCCAUGAGUUACAAGAGCUGGACCGGCGUGAACAAAUUUUUCGACGAGAGCAAAUAUUAGAGAACCCCAAUCUUUCUCCACCAGAUCCGCCACUGGCUAUCUUGAGGGCAGAAUUGAAGAGUCAAAGGAAGCACGUGAGAAGUUUGCAAAAGAAGUCACUUUGGUCCAAGAGUUUGGAAGAGGUGAUGGAGCAACUCGUAGACAUUGUGCAAUUCUUGCACUUUGAGAUUCAUAAUGCUUUUGGAACAGCUGAUACCCAAACACCAGUAAAAAGCAACCGGCAGAAGUUGGGAGCAGCUGGUCUUGCUCUACAUUAUGCUAAUAUUAUUACUCAGAUUGAUACACUUGUCACUCACUCAGGUUCUGUGUCUCCGCAUACAAGGGAUUCUUUGUACCAAGGACUACCGCGUAAUAUUAAGUUAGCAAUACGCUCCAACUCACAUUGGUUUCACCUAAAUGAAGAGCUUACCGUUCCUGAAAUUAAAGGAGAAAUGAAGAAAACUCUACAAUGGCUUGUUCCAAUUGCAACAAACACAACCAAAGCUCAUCAUGCCUUUGGCUGGGUUGGAGAAUGGGUAAACACAGGAUACGAGGCAAACCGUGAAAUCCCAUUAAGAAUAGAGACUCUCCACCACGCCGAUCCGAAAAAAACUGAUGAAUAUAUUCUCAAGCUAGUCAUCGGGCUUCAUCAUCUCGUCUGCUCUUCAAAGGAUAUAAACAGAGGAAAAAAAUCACCUGUAAAGUCUCCUAUUCGCUAUCGAAACUGGCCUGAUUCUCCGUUGUCUGAAGAAAUGCUUCAGGAUGUUAGCAAAAGAAAACCGACCCUAGUAAUAAGCAAAAGUCAGAAUUUUGACACCAGAAACAGGUUAAGCAAGCAACAUAGGCUAACUAAAAGCAGCAGUCAUUCCACGACCCGUGAACUUAGGUGGGAUCCGUCGUUUCCCAUCAAGAGACCGUCAUCUGUUCCGAUUAUUAACUUUGAUGUCGAUAGGAUAAAGGCUAUGGAUGUUAUAGAUGAUAUAAGAGCGUGAGUAAACACUCUUUUGACGGGUUUCAGGUGUCGACUGCUGUUGUGUGUAAAAAAGUUAUGGCUCACAUGUUUACAUGUUUUCAGUAGAUUUUCAUGGUUUCUGUAUUUAUACAGAAAAGUUAUGACUCACAUGUUGUCAUGAUUCUAUAAUGUAUAUGAUGUUGGAUUUAUAUAUUUUGUUUAUUUC